AUGCUUGAUCAGAGAACCGUUCGCUUUGGCCGUACAGGGAAGAUCUCUGCAGACCGUUUCUAUAAGAGCUUUAUGGAAUGGGUUGCUGUAUGUUAUGAGGUCGACAAAAUCUGCAAGGAGGAUAACUUUAUCUGUCCUGCCUGCACCCCUCAUAUGCUUGCUGUGUCUGUGGAUGGAAAUCGCAAGCAUUAUCGUUUCAAGAAUACAGCAAGAACUGAAGAGCAGGCCCUUUUUGAAGGUGUCUUCAUUUCGAAAGAUCAGGAUGUGGCUAGUUUUGUGGACUACAUUCACCAAAAGACUAAACAUGUAUCUGGAAAAGGUGUUUGUGGAGGGGAAUGGACAGCGGCCAGAGAGAUUGCUCACAAAUCCAGCAGCAAGGUGGAUGAGGAGGGGCUGGAGCUUGCAGUUUGCAGACACGGGGUGCUCCUGUCUGCCCUUAACAUGUACAGGGGAGAAAUUUUUGCUUAUCCACUGUUCAUGCAGAAACGGCUGGCAAGUCGUGGAAACAUAACUUUUUUCUGCACUGACGUUACCUGCAAAUAUUGGCCUUACCUUCAAAGAGUCUGUAAAGAUUGUCCAGAACUCCAACAUCUUCUGAACAUGAGACCCUUUUUAUCUGUUUUUCACGCCAAAGCCCAUGACUUAAAAUGUGAGGUUAAAUGGAGUGGGGCUUACCAGGAAAAUGCUGGCUCUACACUAGGUGAGGAGGUAGAACAGUGCAAUGCCUUCCUUUCCAGGAUUGCUGUGACUACGAAACACAUGUCAAAAGCAGGACGUGCAGACAUGUUGACACUCUUGUCAUUGAAAUGGAACAAGCAGAAAUUUCAAAAUAUGGCCUCUUCACUAACCCAGAGAUAUCAGAAGACUUGUAAAGCUCUCCAAAGUCAACUAGAGAAUCUGGACUCCCUGAAAGCCCAGUUGGCAGUUGCAGAGAGCCAGCUAGAAGACUGGGUUAAUGAUGUUAAGGAGUGGGCUGAAGCAACAACUGCCAAUCAAGAUGCCACACCCCAGGCUCUGUGCAGCAAAAUUGAAGCCCUGGUAACAAGCAUAAAGACACGCUCACAACGUCUUUACAAACAAACAGACAGCAACAAGGGUCGGCAUAGAAUACGGCGAAAAAUCAGGGAGGAGAAGAGGACAUUGGCUGCUCUGGUGGAACAGUACAACAGAAUUGCUCCAUCUAACCGAACUUUGUGCAUGGAUGCCAUUAUCUACCAAGAAACACCAUGGCCUUGGCAACUACCAUGCAAUGAUUCUGUCGAUUUAAGGACAAAGAAAAUGGUGUUUGACAACAUCAUGGCUGUGAGAAGACUGAAAGAAGAGAAGCAGAUAUUGGUGAGGGAAAUGGAUCAACAUUGGAAGUUUCUGACAGCUCGUGCAGACACCCUGAAGGAGCUAACAUUCCUCCUGGUUUCUGAUCAGCCAAUGAAGAAUUCCCAGUGGAGUCUGACAGAGGAAGGUUCCAAAGGACUUCUGUGUGUCAUCCGGAGAAGGCUGUGGGAAACUAAAACUGUUCAAAAGCAUGUAAGAGACUCAUAUCUGCACAUUUUUUCUGGAUCAAAUGAUGGCAGCAACUUCCUGCUGCAGACCUCCUGCGAUGAGUAUUAUGACAGUAGUUCUCAAAGCUCAGAUGAUAACACUUGCAUUCUGUAAUUGUUCCAUAGAGCUCAGCUUCAGAUACUAAUACCUUGGAUAUGGCCCUCUUGUACAUGUUACUUUAACAUGUUAAUAGCACUGAACAUACUAGCACAACAUAUUAAUAUCACUACAACAUACAAGCACAAAACAGACCCUUACUACCACAUAUUAUUAUCACGUGUACUAGCAAAAGACAGACACUUUUUGCCACAUAUUAUAUCACUACAAUAUACGAGCAUAACACUGACCCAUGCAACCAGAGUACUAGCACAAAUCGAGGUGUGGGCGGCACGGUGGCUAAGUUGGUAGCACUAUCGUCUCACAGCAAGAAGAUCCUGGGUUCGAUCCCCAGGUGGGGCAGUCUGGGUCCUUUCUGUGUGGAGUUGGCACGUUCUCCCCGUGUCUGCGUGGGUUUACUCCAGGCGCUCCAGUUUCCUCCCACAGUCCAAAAACAUGCAAGUGAAUUGGAGAUACAAAAUCGUCCAUGACUGUGUUUGAUAUAAACUUGUGAACUGAUGAACCUUGUCUGAAGAUAAACCACCGUUCCUGUCAUGAACGUAACCGAAAGUGUAACACAUGACAUUAAAAUCCUAAUAAACAACAAACAAAUCGAGGUGUUGUGUUUUCUGAUGACCACAUCUAACUUUACUGCAAUAUAAAGGAAUAAAAUCAGUAGUACCCAUAU